AUAUGGACAAUAUACCUGAUUACUUAGUUCUCAGACUCAAUGGGACUAGUUUCUUAGAUAGGCGAGAAGAGAUACUUUCUAUUGAGUAUAAUUCCAUUUUCACAUUCGCAGAGUUUAAGAUGGAAGCAUGAAGAACACUCAAGGUUAAAUAUGAUCCCAAAUGUAGAUUAUUUGAUAAAGAGGGCAUUGAGACUUUUGAGGAUGACCUUAAUAUGCUCAAAAGCCACGAUGUACUCUACCUCGCAUCUCGAGGAGAAGACUUCGACUACAGUUCUGUCCUUAAUGACUACGACCGCAAAGAUGUUCUUGGCGAAGGAGGCUUCGGUAAAGUUUACCAUGCAGUCAACAGAGAAACUGGAGAGGACGUGGCCAUCAAGUUCAUGGAUAUUUCUCACUACCUCACUCAUGCAGACCAGAUCGAAGAAAUCUACAGAGAAGCAGACGCACUGCAGAAGCUGAACCAUAGCCACAUCAUCAGUCUGCACAAGGCGUUCGUGCAGAGGAAAGAAGUCAUUUUGAUCAUGGAGUAUGCAGGCGGUGGAGAACUCAAAGACCGGGUCGAGGAGAUGAAGGACAUGGACGAAAUAUACGCGAGGUUUAUAUUUCAGCAGAUCUGCAGCGCCAUGAGUUACUGACACAACAGAGGCUUAAUCCACAGAGACCUUAAGCUAGAAAAUGUCUUAUUUAAGGAAAAAGGGGGUAUGAUUAUCAAGAUUGUUGAUUUUGGAAUAGCAGGAGUUUGUAAACCUCAAGAGAAAGAGAAAACGGAUUCUGGCACUCUUUCUUACAUGCCUCCCGAAGUAUUAAGCGGAGAAAAAUUAGAAGCAGGACCAGGCAUUGAUAUAUGGGCUCUUGGGGUGAUGCUUUACACAAUGAUUUAUGGAAAACUGCCUUUCUACGGGGAUACUGAGGAUGAAAUAAUAAACUGCAUUAUCAAAAAGAAACCUUCAUUUAAAGACAAGAAGACCAUCUCCAAAGAGCUGAAGGAUCUUCUCAUUAAAGUGUUAAACAAGGAUUCUGAUAAAAGGCUUAGCAUGUUCGAUCUCCAGAAUCAUAAGUGGAUGGAGAUGCAAGAUGAAGAAAUUUUAAAAUCAAUUGAGGAAUCCAAGUUAGAACAAGAACAGGAAGAGGAAAAGAAAUAAUGAAGAAGAUGAGUUGAUUGCUUUCGAUAAACUUAACAUAAAAGAUGACAAGAAGUCAUCAAAAGCGGGCUCGGAUUACAAUUCAUUAUCAGCUCAUUCUUCUAAUCCCUCAGGUGGAAGGAAGAAAAAGAAGAUGAGGGGAUCGAGCCCUCGGAGUGGUAUGAACGGGACAGGGAAGAAGAAAAAGAAGACGAUUAAAAAGAAAGCUACAUAA